GGCGUGUCCUGUUGCCAUGGAGACGCGUCAGCGGACAGCGAGGUCGUGUAGCGUGAUUGUGGAAAUUCGCGUCCCGGAAAAAAAAAAGGAAAAAGAAAGAAACACGUACAACAAAUCUUCAAAGGACCACAGAGCGAAGCAACAGCUGCUGAUGAGAUUUUCCACGGCCUGUGCUCAAGGCACAGUCGUCUUCAGACUCGGUUAACUCGUUUAGCCUGCGCAUGUGUUUUCUGCAGCACUGUGGGCACUAAAGAGGACAUCAUGCCGGAGGACAGAAACUGUAAGCUGCUCCACUCGUCCAGGAGCUCUGACAAGAAGACGAAGAAGAAAAGAAAGAAAGCCACUGCUUCCGCCACUCCUCCAGAAAACACAGACAAACCUCAGGUUGUAUCUUUGCCUCCUGAGACCUUGCCGCGGCCCCCCCAGCUGCCCAAGCUCAGAGGUACCAGUAAGAAGGAUGUCGAACGGCUCUCCGGCUGUGGCCGGAGGAGCAAAAAAGACAACCCCAAGGAUUCAUCGUCCCUGCUGAUAGCAACAAAUAAAAACACUGCACAUGGAGCUCCGGUGCAGGGGUAUGUGGACGAGCUCAGCGCCCAGGCCAGAGAGAGCCUGAGGUGGCAGGGAGAGCUGGAGGACCCCCAGGCUGAGGAGAAGAGGCUGGAGCUGUACAGGGCCAACAGGCGACAGCGUUACAUCUCUCACAAAGAGGCUCUGUUAAAAGAAGCCCAGUAUGCACUGAAACAGACUUUUCUUAAAGAGAGCAAAGAGAUAAAAGCUUUGACUGGAUGUGACCAGCAGGAGCAAAGAUUGAAUUAAAGAAGCAAAUGUGAGCCUUAUGCUGUUAGUCAUGUCACACUUCAUUUGUUCACAGUUUGAAACAGCGAGGAGCCGUAGGCGCCGUUAAGAAGUUGGGAAAAAAAGAGAGACUGAGCGUGUUGCCAAUCCAGUAAUGAUUUUUCUGUCAGGUACAAAAUGUUCAUCCACAGACUGCCAGUAGAAGAAGACAGGACUCCUUCCUGCUGAAUGGACCUGUUAAAAACUUAAUAGAGGAUUUGCGCUUUGUUUAACUUGCGCUUCUAAAUUAUGUAACACUUCCAGAAAAGUUGAUCUUUGAGGACUGAAACCCAAUCAGGAUAAUACAGCUUAACCCCCACCUCAUAUCUGCAUGUGCACAGGUCAGUGAGGUAGAGGAGGGUCAAAUGAAUGGAGGGUGGGUCACAUGACUUUUUCAGAAUAUAGGAUAGCAGAAAUAUCCAGAAAACCCUUCCCCAGAGUGGGUGUGGAUUUAAUUAAAAUUGAAAUGUGGCUGUAACAGUGUGCUUGUAUGCUGUCACAAUAUCUAAUAAAAUGUGGUUAAAAGUGUCCAGCAUAUUUGCUGAUCUAUUGUGCAAAUCUAGCCUUGGAUAUGCCCCCCUCCUUUUUCUACUUAUUACUCAAGUUUUAAUUUUGUUGCCUACUUGGACAUAGAGAGAUCACUGUGGUUUGUUUUAUCCUGGCAAAAUAAAUCUGUCUUGCUGUCUCUGAACAGAACUAAAUGUACAAAGAGGCACUCUCUAUUUUGUGGUUUUAUUGCGUCAUGCUGGCGUUCCUCUUAGAAACACCACCGCUGCUGGACAAUAGAUGGCAGAAAAG